AUUCCUUAAAAUAAACCGCUCGGAGCCCAAAAACUCUUCAAAUAAGUUUAAGCUAAAACCCUACAAACCCUGAUCGCAAAAGAUCGGAUAGAACUAUGUGGCUCAUCACACGCAUUUCUGUGUUCUUCCAUUGCUAGAGUAUAAAUAAAUUAUCAGUGAACAUCAUUAACAAUACCCACAAGCAAAUUUUGUUGAAAUAACACCAGCUAAUUUUUUUCAAUGUGAAUGGGCAUUGAUUGGUAAGAGAUAGUUGAGGGAAUGAGUAUGGAUCAACUAUUUUUAUCUAAAAAGUCUAAAGGUACAAUAACAAUGGACAAAGAUUGUGUUAAAGUUGAUGUUGAUGGAUAUUCAAAUGAUGGCCAGGAAAAGAUAUACACGAGGCUUCCAUUGCAGCCUAUUUGCAUUACUGGCUUAUCUUCUAGAGAUUUUUCUCUAAUGCCCAAUGGCUACUCAUGGCUGGUUUUUGGCAAUCGGCAUGAAAAAUGUAUGGCCUACUGCUUCUUAAGGCAAUCUUGGGAGAAAAUUUCUCUUUCCUCUUUGCAUGAAGCUAAUUCCAGCAAAGGUGUUUGGAGAUUUUACUAUGGAUCAGGAACAGGGCCCCGGUUGCUAAAAAAGGGUACACUUCGAGUUUACAAUCUACUUAUGAAAACAAGUUUCGAGCUUCCUCCCAUGAAAUCUAUGCCAAAGUCCAUGCCGAAAGCCAUGGUGGCAGGGACUGUGUGUGGGAGCAAACAGAGCUAUGAAGUGGUUUCCGUGGGUUGUGAUGUGUACUCAAAUACACACAACAUACAAUUCUACGAUUCCAUGGAAAAUUCGUGGAGGACUAUACUCCAGCUACCUAUCAAUUUUUCAAUAUCCAGGCAUCAUGGUAUGGUAUUAUGCAAAGAUGUUCUAGUUUGUGCCACAAGACUGCCCAAGGUAUGCUUUUUGGUCUAUAACAUACAAGAGGGUAAGUCAAGCAUGAGUUUAGUACCAUUACCUCCGGCAAUAAGGAAAUGCAAAUGGCAUUUGAUUGCAUGUGGAUCCUCAGUUGUACUAGUAGGAGCAGUCCUGGCUAAUUGGCGUGCGAACCAUUGGUAUUUGAAAGAUGGGAUUGUGUGGGUCUUAGAGAAGGAAGAGGGUUCAUCUUGUAAUUGGAAUUGGAAGGAGAUUACAAGGAUGCCGCCCUCUUUAUGCCAGGAUCCUAAGUGGAGGUCCCCCUUUUUCUAUGAGUGUGAGUGCAUCGGUAUAGAGAACUACCUGUGCUUGAGAAAGAAAGGGAGUCGAGAUGUGUGUACAUACAAUUUAAUCGAUGGGUCCUGGAGUUGGCUUGCAGAAUGUCCACUGAAUAAAUGGAUUCCUAGGAUGAUUGCCUUGGAAUCUAGGCCUAAUACGCAGAUGUGAUUGCUUUAUAGGAGGGUUGUAUCUUGAUGAUUGAUAAUCUCCUAUUGUAUUUAAUUGGAAAUGACUCCAUCUUUUUAUGUGGCUUUUUAAAUAAGAUAUUGAGUGAGUUUAAUUUUUAAAUGAACCAAUUCAUUCUAUUUGUAAUUCAGUGUUA